AAUUGAAAGAACGAUAAACAUAUUAGCACAUACAACAGCGAAACCCAACGCUGUCCGCUUGCGCUGAUAUAAUCCUUGCCUAGUGGUUGAGCGGGUGUCCGCAGCGCAGUCUGUUUAGGAUGGUACUUGUACUUUGUAUUGGCGAUCUUCAUAUACCACACCGAGCUGCUGAUCUGCCAGCUAAAUUCAAGGAGCUCUUGAAGCCUGGCAAAAUCCACACCACCAUCUGCGUUGGCAACGUCUGCAGCAAGGUGUUCCUGGACUAUCUCCGCACCAUAUCCGGGGAGCUCCACGUUGUUGCCGGGGACUUUGACGAGUUCCCCGCGCCUGAGCAACUGGUGGUUGAUAUCGCGGGUUUCAAAGUGGGCGUGUGCCAUGGACACCAGAUCAUCCCCUGGUCCGACCCCGACGCCGUGUCGCUGCUGCAGCGCCAAAUGGGUGCCGACAUCCUGGUGACAGGCAAUACACACCGCUUCGAGGCCCGCAAGGCCGGCCCCUGUCUGGCGCUCAACCCCGGCUCCGCCACAGGCGCCUACCAUGUGGCCUGCCCGCCCUCCUCGCCCCCGCCCACCCCCUCCUUCGUGCUCAUGGACCUGGACGGAAGCAAGGUGACGGUGUACGUGUACCAGCUGGUGGAGGGCGAGGUGCGGGUGGAGAAGAUCGACUACGCCAAGGGGGCGACGCAGCCGGUGUGAGGUUUGUACCACAAGCCAAGCGUCUGCGCACGGCGCCGCCAAGUCUGCUGUCCCAGCAGGUUGGUAGCGUUAACGAAGUCCUUGGGUCCGCAGAUAGGGAUGUGAGAGGGUUGGCGCUGCCGUAUGCUGGAAAGAGAGCAUCUAAGGGGAAGCCAUGGAUGGCAUUGAAGAGGUUGCUACGUCAGGCAGCAUGCAGCGUUGCGGGAUUUGGUAUUGUAAGGGGCCGUUGGCGUAAGGCACAGAUGCUUAGGGAGUCCCAAUUGCUGCUAGUGAAACUUCGAAGAGAGUGUGUACUGUCUGGUAUCGUGUCGUAGUUUGGACGUCAGCUUGGUUACACGUUCGCUACCCCGCUUCCGUCGGUAAGGAGUGGUAGGCUCCAGCUAGCAGGCAGCAUGCAGUUAGGGUGAUUCAGUGAUAGCUGGAAAGUACGAAAUGCAGUUCAGGAGAGCGGCUGUAUGGCUGUGUGACAAGUCCAUAAAAAACAAACUCAAGGUGCAUGGAUGGCAUGGCUAUUUCGAUCUUUCGAAACGUGGGGAUCUCUGGCGCUGUCAGCACCACUGCCGUACGCUUGAAGUCACGUUGGUUGAUCUUCUUUGAACGGGUGGUUGGACGUUGCAUCAUACGUUUGUGGUUUGCA